CUUGUGAUGAAUCACAAUUCCGUCACAAACCUUUGAGAUGGUCAAAGCUGAAAAUCCGUCGAGUCUUCGACGCGUUUGUACAUGUAAAUUUGAUUAUCCGAGCACAUAGAUGGAAAAAUCGUUUCAGGGUGAUCUUUUGUACCAAAUUAUUCAAAUUGAGUUUAAUUUAUCGUAUACGUAGGCUAAAUAAUGUCGGAAACAUCGGCCUCAGGUAAAUUAGACGAUGAUCAGUCUCGCGCGCCAACAGAGAAAAGAGAAAGCAGCAACGACGCGCAAACAAGCAACAAUGAAGAGUCGUUGGAAACCACAUUAGACAAGAAAAGACUCAAAGACUCAAACGCUGAUGAAAACAACAACCCAGAUUCAGCUUCCUUUAACGGAGAAGGAGAGCAGCUAAAACCAAAGACAGAGACUAAUGCAUCUCACCGUCCUGUAACAGUUGCUGUGAAUUCCAGUACCUCAACUUCAUCUGAACCGGCUCCAAAGAUCAUAGCAGGCCCUGCACAGAUCCGAUCCACCGCGCCAGUGGUCGUAGGGGCCAGGGUAGUGACAUCCAGCGUUCAGGGACCAGGGGGGGCCACCAGUUUGGCUCUGGUUCCUCAGCCUGGAAGGGUGUCUGUGAGCUCCGUGGCCAUAAGCCAGCCCAGGGUCACCACACUGACCGCGGCCAAAGGGGCGGUCGUGACAUUGCCAAGGAUUUCCACCCCAUCACAUAGUGUACCAAUGACACGCACCCCUCAGACUGUGCCACUGCAGCUACCUGCCAACUUCCAGGUCCCACAAGGAAUGGUGUUAAUCCGCAGUGACAGCGGGCAGUUGAUGUUGGUGUCUCAGCAGGCUCUGGCCCAGGCUCAGGCUCAGGGAAUGCUGCCAAAACCAGCCAGUGCCAAUGCUGCUGCUAUAGUUAGACCUCCAUCCUCACAGGCGACUGUAACUGCCACACCAAUCAUCAGAGUUUCUCUCCCAGCUUCAAGUGCAUCAGCUACUACCAACAUUAAACUUAACCCCACUCCAGGGACUGGCAUUCAGAAACCACCCACUGCUACAGGGACUACUAUUUUCACGCCAUCAUGUACAACAGGAACUACCAUCAUUAAACCAGUCGGUGUUAUAGGGACGGCCAUCAGAAAGCCCAGCUCCACCACUGUUAUCAAAGCCAGUCAAAUGACUCCCAACAGCAGCACAUCAGGAACCUUUAACCAGAGGACUAAUUCUGUCACCGCAACUACCGUAAUUAAUACCUCAGCUGUAAAGACUGUGGGUAAAGGUGCUCUCUCCACCCAGGGUAAUGCCCCACAAAUGGUGUCUCCUAAUGUAGCAGCCAGAUCCAGCACUAACACUUCAUCAGCCCCAGUCACUGUUACAGCUGAGACCUUGGAGAAUGUGAAGAAGUGUAAGAACUUCUUGGUCACUCUUAUGAAGCUAGCAUCAAGUGGCACUCGCUCUGCCAACAUGGCCCAAAACGUCCGAGCUCUUGUCAAAGGCCUGCUGGAUGGAAAACUAGAGGCAGAAGAGUUCACUGAAAAACUCUACAUAGAGCUUAAAUCGUCCCCACAGCCAUAUCUAGUGCCUUUCCUGAAGAGGAGUCUGCCGGCUGUCCGUCAGCUCACCCCAAACUCGCAGCUCUUCAUUCAGCAGUGCGCCCAACUCAAGCCCUCCGAUUCAGCAUCAACCACGGCCGCAAACCAGAAGCCCACUGCGUCCGUCAGCUCCGCCCUCAAACCCAACCAGCCAACCAGAACAGCUCAGCUGGUGAUCCAGCAACCUAAAGGAGUGAUCGUCAAACAGUCUUUGGCGUCAGCUCAGGUGGGCUUACCUGCACAGAAGCAGACUCAACACAAACAGAUGGUCCUUCAAACCAACACUUUCCCAACAGGUGCUGUUGUGCGGCAGUCCAUCCUUCAGGCGUCUAAAACACACUUUUCCCAGCCGCCCCUUCCAGCACAGGCACACGGCUUCAAGGACAGCACCUCGGGCUCUUUCCGAGAUGACGAUGACAUUAAUGAUGUGGCCUCCAUGGCCGGAGUGAACCUGAGUGAGGAGAACGCUCGUAUUUUGGCCUCUGGCUCUGAGCUCGUGGGAUCAGUGAUCCGCUCCUGUCAAGAGGAGCCCUUUUUAUUCCCAUCAGCCCUCCAGACACGAGUGCUGCACAUUGGUGGUUCAUCGAGUAUCACAGAGGUCUGUCCUGAUGUACUUGAAUUGCUCUCUCUGGCAACACAAGAGAGACUUCGAGACCUGCUGGAGAAGAUAACUGUUGUGGCGCAACAUCGACAGAUCUAUUAUAAGGAUGAUUGGCGCUACAAUCAGACCAAUGACACGCGCUCUCAGCUGAAGUUCCUGGAGCAACUGGAAAGACUGGAGAAACAGAGGAGGGAGGAAGAGGAGCGAGAAGCACUGCUCCGCAUUGCCCGAAGUCGCUCAAACAGCGAAGACCCAGAGCAACAGCGUCUGAAACAGCGAGCCAAAGAGAUGCAGCAGUUGGAGUUGGCACAGAUGGAGCACAGAGAUGCAAAUUUGGCAGCGCUGGCAGCCCUCGGGCCCCGUAAGAGGAAACCUCUGGAGGCUCCCGGCUCAGGGGCCAACCAGUUGUCAGGUUCAUAUGGCCAGUUUGCUACUCGAGCACCAAUUCGAGUCACUUUGAGAGAUCUGACCUUCUGCAUGGAGCAGGACCCCACGUUCAGACACACUCUCAUGCUGUAUAGAGCGUUUCUAGGCUAGAUAACCACACAAACACAACUUCUGUGUUUGAGCAAGUUCUUGAGAUUAUAUAAUAUUUUUUCAUUGUAUAAAUUGAGUUUUUUCUGGUUAUAAUUCUGUAUUCCUGUUCUUGUUUUGAUUAUUGAAUAAACUGUACAGACAUAUUGACUGGUAAGGAAGCACAAAAUAAUUAAACAUUAUUAGCAGCAACGGUUUGUGUGGAUCUUUUUAUGUUUGAAUCGCACAGUUGUGUAACUUCCCAAUAUUUUAAUUACUCCUCAGAAAUGACAUUUUUAUGCUGAUACGAUCAUGCUGAACUAUUAUUGCAUUUUCUAAGUCGACUGGGGAUUGUACAGAGGGCUGUUUAUAAGCUCCAGGGCAGUGGAUGCCCUGAACAAAGCAUGACUAACCAAUCACACAAAUAUCGCCUUAGGCAACAAAAUCUACCAAUCACAGUGGCCGAGACAACAGUACUGACCAAUCGAAGCAGGAUAUUGCAUCAAAGCCCAAAUCAGCUGAAAUUGGCUUGAGACUGGCCGACCAAUCAGAACUUGAUGAAAGAACUAGAGCAGACCAAUAGGAAGUACAAACAGCCAGAGGGUUUGAAGCUGAAAGAAACAGGGCAAUACAUACCCUCAAGAUCAAGACAACAAGAGCCAAAAUCAACAGAUCAGCGGCAGAAUGUCUCUCAUGAUCCACUGCUGACCGAUCAUCUCUUAAAUGAUUAAACCGAGGUUAACUAAAGGUUAACUAACAAUGCCAUAAUUAACCAGGGUUUACCUCUGAUCAUUAGUUGAGGAAGAAGGGCAAUGCUGUCAUGCAUGUCUUUGCAUUUGUGAGUUGAAUGGAAGUUCUCGAAGGGAGUCGAUUUGAUGUGUGCCUUGCCUCAGAAACUUAAAUACUCUGUGUGCUUGCCUGAGGUACAGGAUUCUGAAAUAUUCCAUUACCUCUGAAUAAUCAUGAAUGAGAAGCUGGGAGCUAAAUAUUGAUAUGCCUGCAGCAUUCACAGUCCCCUCAGAGAGUGUGAGCGCAUGCUAUACAGAGGUACAGCUGCACAUGCCAAUACAGGCUUAGGAAAGUCAGUGAAUGUAUCAAAGAGUGAGUUUUAAGCACAGAAUGUACCUUU